AGCGCCGCCGCCCAGCGUAGGUAGGUUUUCAGCUCUUGACCGAAUCCCCGCCGUGAAAGCGCACUGCGCGCUCGCGAGCCCACCGAAACCCAGACGCACGGAGACCCAACCCUAGCCCGAAGAUGGCAGUCCCUGGCGGCCGCAACGGCCUCGUUGACGACGACGACCUCGCCGAACACGCCGACGCCUUCGACGCCGCCUCCGACGACGAGGAGGCGCCGCUGCCUCCCCACCUCCGCGCCCUCGCCGACGCCGCCCAGACAGGCAACGUCGACGCCCUCCGCACCGCGCUCGGUAACUAUGUUGGCAGCAUUGAUGAUCCAGUUGAAGAUGGGGAUACUGUUCUUCACCUGUCAUGCUUAUAUGGCCAUCUACCUUGCGUGCAGCUACUGCUGCAACGAGGAGCAAGCUUGGAGUGCAAAGAUGAAGAAGGGGCAAUUCCCCUCCAUGAUGCUUGUGCUGGAGGCUUCACUGAGAUAGUUCAGUGCAUUCUGAGUUUUGCUGCAAAUACUGAAGGCUGUGUGAUGCGAAUGCUCAACACCGUUGAUGCUGAAGGCGAUACUCCACUUCACCAUGCUGCCAGAGGGGAACAUAUGGACACCGUCAAGAUUUUGCUUGAGGCUGGCGCAUGCCCCAAGAAGGAGAAUUCCUAUGGUCAGGCACCCGCCGAGAUGGCCGAUCAAGAUACUGAAGUCCGAGCCCUGUUAACUGCCAAGCAAGUUGAGGCCAGCGUACACAUGUCGGACUGAUGUAUCUGUGGGAAUCCUUAGCUGAAACCCUCUAAUAUGACUGCUUUGGUAAAAGGAGUGUUAGUAUUAGUAGUAUCUUAAUACACAGCUUCAUACCGUUGUGAGAAUUGGGUUUCUGUUGUCUUGGAGAAAUAUGGAGUUGUGUGCAGAGACAACGGAGGAGUCAAGGAGAUGACUAUUUCCUUUGUCCUUGCUAUUUAUAAUUUCGCCUUAUAUAUCAAAAGCACUAAAUCGAACUUGUGCCA